AUAGAUACUCUCAAGGACAAGAUUCGUCAUUGGAGAAUGCAUUGGCUUCGAAAGAUGACGAAUUGAAACAAAUAAAAGAUGAUCUGGCCUUGAAAAAUUCAGAGAUACACUCCUUAGAAUCCAAGUUAUCGUCAGAACCAAUCAAGAUCGGCGGUGAGGCAGAUGAAAAAAAAAUACCGAAUUCUAUCUCACGGAGUGAUGAUGCUAUCGCAUCUGAUAUACCUAGUAAAGAUCUCAAUCAAUAUUUUAUACGUGGAAAAGGUAUGGAUCAAGUUGGAAAAAUUGAUACUGAUAUAUGCCUUGGCAUGAGCUCCACUCUACCAGAUCACACUGAUGAUAAAAGUGUCUCUAUACUUCAAGGCUCGAAGAGCCAUGAGUGUAACUCAUGCCAGCAAACGACGAUAACUAAAGAAGCGUGA